CCUCUGCCUUACUUUUGAAGGAAUUGGCUGAAGAGGAUCAUUCUGCUUACAGAAAUAUUAUGCGCAUAUCACAGACGAAGUUUGAUGAACUUCUUCAGAUGGUUAGCCCAGCAAUUACCAAAAUAAAUACCCCAAUGAGAAAUGCAAUUCCAAGUAACACAAAACUUGAAAUAACACUACGUUACUUAGCGAGUGGUGACAGCCUGAUGACUUUGGAGUAUUUAUUCAGAGUUCCUCACAAUACAAUAUCUACGUUUUUACCUGAAGUAUUGAUAGCAAUUUACAAUACUUUGUCAACAUUCAUCAAGGUUCCUGAUACUAUAGAAGAGUGGCGAUCUAUCCAGAAAUCAUUUGAAACAAAGUGGAACUUUCCCAAUUGCUGUGGGGCUCUUGAUGGAAAGCAUAUUGCCAUCAUUCGCCCUCCAAACAGUACAUCCACAUUUUACAAUUACAAGGGAUUCUACAGUAUCGUUUUGUUUGCAAUGGUAGAUGCCGAUUACUGCUUCAGAUACAUCGAUGUAGGAAGUGAUGGAAGAGCUUCAGAUAGUACAAUAUUCAAAGUUUCUACUUUGAAUAUUGCACUUGAAAAAAAUUUGCUCAAUUGGCAGGAGGGUGGUCUUUGUGUAGGAGAUGAUGCUUUCCCACUUCGAACAAACAUAUUGAAGCCUUUUAGUCACAGACAUUUGUCAUUGGAAGAAAAAAUUUUUAAUUAUC